AUGCCGGCCACGAAAACGGUGUCGAGGUGCACACCGGUGAAAGUGGAGGACAGUUACGUGUUCGAGAUCUGCGGGUACAGCCAUCACAAGGGCAUGGGCAUCGGCAAGGUCAUCCGGUCCGGCUCCUUUUCCGUCGGGGGCCAUGAGUGGGAAAUCCGCUUCUAUCCUGAUGGAGAUGGGCAACACAACGAAGAUCACAUGGCAAUUUACCUGGAGCUGUUGAGCAAGGACGCCAGGGUGCACGCAUCCUGCGACCUCAGGCUGGUCGACGGCGAAGGGUUGCUGUGUUCCCUGCACAAGACAGAUCCGAGGAUGUUCUGCCAAAACAUGGAGAGCAGGUUUGCUCCACCCAUCGGCACUCAUUUCAUAAAAAGGGGCGAGUUCGAAGCAUCGGUGUACCUUCACGAAGACAGCCUCAAGAUCAACUGCGCCAUCACAGUCAUCAAAGAACCUCGGGUCUCUGAAAUAAAACCACCCCCUAGAAUCGAGGUGCCGCCUUCGGACAUCAUAUCGCAUCUCGGCAGUCUGUUAGAAGCAAAGGAGAAGGCAGAUGUCACAUUCAGUGUUGCAGGAGAGACUUUCAUGGCACACAAGAUCAUCCUCGCCAUGCGGUCGCCUGUGUUUGAAGCGGAGCUCUAUGGGCCGAUGAGGGAGACGAGGGCACAGCUCGUGACCAUCCAAGAGAUGCAGCCUGAUGUCUUCAAGGCAUUGCUCUAUUUCAUCUAUAAUGAUGCAUUGCCAGCUGCUUUUGAUGAUCUUGAGAGGGAAGGUCAUAUUGAAAUGGUUCGGCACUUGCUCGUGGCCGCGGAUCGAUAUGCCAUGGAGAGGCUAAAGCUGUUAUGUCAAAGCCUCCUUUGCGAGGAUAUUAACGUGCAGACCGUGGCAACCACGUUGGGCUUGUCUGAUCAACAUCACUGCGAUGGGCUUAAGGAUGCUUGCAUUGAAUUUAUGUCCACUUCACAGGAUAUGGAUGCUGUGGUGGCAACCCCUGGUUAUGGAGAUCUCAAAAGAAAUUGCCCUUAUCUCUUGGUGGAUGUAUUGGAGAGGUCUAGUAAGCUUCGCAAAACAUAGAUGGACAACUUGCUGUUACAUGAAUCUUUUUUUUUGUGGGAAACAAUUAGAUGAACCUUAGAGAGCCUAGCUAAUUAUUUAUGAAGUUAUGUGUUACAAUGCUAUAUUCUUCUUGAGUUAGCUCAUCAAAAGUUGAAAAUAUUUAUUAGUUAGACCUGUUUUCCUGUUUGUGACCUUGCUAUUUGUAUCCGUUGACAACCUGAAUAUAUAAUUUAUCCAGCUGUAUACCAAUUUCUCUUCUCCCUAAUCGUAUUAAAGAUACUGUUCUAUGGAAAAUCCAUUUGUUGUGUCUAAACUUCGUUGAAUAUGAUACCUGGAUCUUUUACAUUAACAAGUAUAGCUAUGAUGGUCUCACCACCACCAUAAAAAGUUAAAAACACUCUCGAACAUAGCAAUGUUGCUAUGGUAAAAUCAUGUU